UCACUCAGGACAGGAAAAUUAUUUCUCCACUGCGUGAGAUCUCUGAUGUUUAUAAAGAUGGGACUUCUGUGAAAAACAUUUCCCGCACUCAGGACAGGAAUAUGGCUUCUCCCCUGUGUGAGAUCUCUUAUGUCUGUAAAGAUUGGACUUAGCUGAAAAACAUUUUCCACACUCAGGACAGGAAUAUGGCUUCUCCCCCGUGUGAGCACUCUGAUGUGUGUAAAGACUGGACUUCUGUGAAAAACUUUUCCCACACUCAAGACAGAAAUACGGCAUUUCUCCCGUAUGAGAUCUCUGAUGUGUGUAAAGUUGGGACAUCUGUGAAAAACUUUUCCCACACUCAGGACAGGAAUACGGCUUCUCUCCCGUGUGAGAUCUCUGAUGUAUGUAAAGAUGGGACUUACUUGAAAAACAUUUCCCGCACUCAGGACAGGAAUACGGCUUCUCUCCCGUGUGAGAUCUCUGAUGUAUGUAAAGAUGGGACUUACUUGAAAAACAUUUCCUGCACUCAGAACAGGAAUACAGCUUCUCCCCUGUGUGACAGCUUUGAUGCCUGGAAAGAUGGGACUUAACUGAAAAACAUUUUCCACACUCAGGACAGGAAUAAGGCUUCUCCCCGUGUGAGAUCUCUGAUGUAUGUGAAGACUGAACGUCACUGAAAAACAUUUUCCACACUCAAGACAGGAAUAUGGCUUCUCUCCUGUGUGAGAUCUUUUAUGCACAUUAAGACGGGAUUUAUAACGGAAACAGUCUGAGGUCCUCAGGAUACGAGGAAAACCGAUGGUCCAUCUACACUGGGUGGUGUGUGCCGGAAUGGACAUUGGAGGGAGUCGGGUUUUCUCCUGGACUAUACUGUGUGAUGUCCUCAUCUUCUACUUUCCAGUCUGGAGACAAAGUGAGACAAUCCUCGGAGGUUUUCCUCAU